AUGGCCAGCCUAGCGAAAACUAUGCUGCUGGGGCUUUUAGGCUUAGCCAUCGCACUAAUCGCUCAAGUCGUUCUCCGCCGAGACUCGCCGACGACAUCGGAGGUCUCACAACCUUACACAUGCCCUCCUCUAAGUGAGGCCGCAGCUCUGGAGCGCUUCGCGGGCCUUAUCUCCUUCCCCACCGUCAGCAAUGCCUCCAGCGAAGACCAUGUUAAUGACCAAAAGGUGUUUCGCGACAUGGUGGCCUACCUGGCGCGGUCCUAUCCCCGGGUGUGGAGGCGCCUGAAAGUGGAACAUGUGGGCCGGGUGGGCGAGAACGAGCUCAGUCUGCUCAUCACGUGGACCGGAUCCCGGCCUGAACUGCCUGCCGUACUGUUCGUGAGUCACUACGAUGUGGUCCCCGUGACCCCUGGGUCGGAGGGCGAGUGGACUCAUCCGCCCUUCUCCGGGAAGAUUGCAGACGGGUACGUGUGGGGUCGGGGUUCCCUGGACAUCAAGUUCGGUGUGGCUGGUCUGCUUCAGGCUGCCAGUGUGCUGCUGGGGGGUGAGGGGGAGGAGGACGUGGAGGAGGAUGUGGCGGUGUUCCGGCCGGAGCGCACUCUGAUGUUCGCAUUCGGACACGACGAGGAGGUCAGCGGCUCCCACGGCGCGGCCACCAUUGCGUCUCUGUUGCGCUCCCGGGGCGUGGAGCUGGAUGUGGUGGUGGACGAGGGCGGAGCGAUAUUGGAGGACGGGCUGAGGCCCUUCACCAGUCGCGCAGUGGCCAUGGUGGGGACGGCAGAGAAGGGUUACACCACGGUGGAGGUCACCCUUCGCGCCCCCGGGGGGCACUCCUCCAUGCCCACCACGGACGGCUCCGACAUAGCUGCGCAGCUCUGGAGGCUGCUGGGAGCCGUACGGAGGUCAACCACCCCCACACGGCUGCAGGCCCCCGUAACCGAUAUGCUGACUCACGUGGCGCCGUACACAUCCGGCUGGAUGAGGCUGUUGCUGUCGGGGGCCGAACGGGGCGGCCCCAUCAAGUGGCUCCUCGCGCAGGUCUUUCGGCGACUGGGGGGUCGCGAGACCGCCGCCAUGGUCGCCAAUACCCUGGCCCUCACCCGCGUGCGAGGGGGGGUAGCCGACAAUGUACUGCCGCAGGAGGCCGUACUCAGCUUCAACGGCCGGCUGCUGCCCGGGUCGACUCCAGGGGAGUUGGUGGAGGCGCUGAAGGCGGCGGUGAAGGUGGCGGGCGUGGCAGCGGAGGUGGCAGAGGUGAAGAGGAUUUGGGAAUGCAGCGUUGAAAAGUUGUUUUUGGCCGCAGCCACAUCGGGCAUUUGGCAAUUUUGA